AUGAUCAAUAUUGAAGAACGAAAGAUGAGUGAAGAGGAUGAAUUGGCUCAAUUGAGAUCAAAUGCUGAUAAUUUAUCCCGAUGCCUGCAUGUUUUAUUGGAAAAAAUUGAAAAUAUCGAGAAGAAAAAUGGAAAAGAACAAGAUGGUGAUAGUACAAAAAGCAGCGGAACGUCUUCUUCAAAUAGAGAUGGAAAAGAAAAGUUUGAACAAGUAGAAAUAGAAGAGAAAACAGAGAUUGAUCCGAAAACUGGAUUGAAAAAGAGAACGAUAGUAACUGAAAGAGUGCUGACUACGAAAACAUUCCAUGCUCUUGCACUUGAUGGUCCAUCUCCAACAAUGACUCCAAUUCUUCGUUCAUCUGGAAAUAAAAACCAUAAUUAUGCACCAAUUCAUCAAUCGGCCAUCCUUCUUCCACAAUACCAGUCGAGACAAACAACCGUCGACGCAGGUCAAUUAACUCAGGUGGAGGUUGAGAAGCAUGGCGGACAGCUGGUCGUCACUAAAAUUAACGAAAAAGCAAAUUAUGACUUGAAGCCGGGAGACGUUAUUACUCAGGUCGACGGGAAAGAUGUCUAUUUUCGAGCGGAUAUUGAGAAUUUGAAAGGAAAUGUUGAGUUGACACUCGAGCCAGCUGCUAUUCAUUGUGCACCUGCAAACUUUUUCCGAGUCCAGGAUAACUACAGUUCUCGAGAAGACGUGGAUCGUCCAUGUCUCUGGUUGGAUCUAGAAGUUUCUCCUGGAGAUGUUAUACAAGUUUUGAGUAAAGAUGAGAAAUGGAUGCAAGUUAGAAAGUUGGGUGAUUUGACACAAGUUGGAUAUCUUCCAUCUUCAAUAACAAUAGAGAAAGUCUCAAUGCUAUGUCCAUUCGGAAGGCGAACUCUUGUUCUUCUUGGAGGUGUUGGAACUGGAAGAAGAGAUAUCAAAUCAAUGCUUUUACGUCUUGCACCACACUAUUUCUCAACAAUUGUUCCUUUAACAUCGCGAGCUCAAAGACCAGGAGAAGUAGAAGGAAGAGAUUACCAUUUCGUGAGAAAAGAAGACAUUUAUCAGAAGAUUCGUGACGGAGGGAUGGUUGAAUGGGGUGAAAUGGAUAAUCAGUUAUAUGGAACAACUGCAGAUGCAGUUAGAGCUGAAGUACGUAGUGGAAGAAUGUGUGUUAUAGAUGCUGCAACACAGAGUGUCGACUACUUAUAUAAUGCCGAGUUCAUGCCAUUUGUAGUCCAUAUAGUUCCACCUCCAAUUGAAGAGUUCAUUCAACUUGAAGCUGUUAAAAGAACCCAUCGAACCCAGGAACAAUUACGAUCAAUCUGUGAGGAGAGUGCCAAGAUUGGAUUCCAAUGCAAAUCGAGAAUUCAUCUGACUCUUGUCAAUAGAAAUAUCGAUGUCACAUUCAAACGACUUGUUGAUGCUCUGGAAACUCUUCGAUACGAGACCCAAUGGGUUCCACAUAACUGGAUGUGCUAG